ACCUCUCCCUCCUUUUCCCACCCAGGUAUUUCUCUUUCCGCAAACGAACACACCUUUCCUUCUCUCUCUUGGAGCCUUCUUCUUCUUAGCCAAUCCCCUUUUGCUUCUUCAAGAUCAAGAACAAGGAGUCACUCAAGAAAUUGUAACAGAAAGAGAUCUAAGAAUGGCUGCAAUGGCGAGAGUGGAUCUUGACGGGAACCCUAUCAAACCGUUAACCAUUUGCAUGAUUGGCGCCGGAGGAUUCAUCGGCUCUCACCUCUGCGAGAAAUUGAUGGCAGAGACUCAGCAUAAGAUCUUAGCUGUUGAUGUUUACAGCGACAAGAUAAAGCAUCUAUUACAGCCUGAAACUCCAACCUUUGCCGAUCGGAUCCAGUUCCAUCGGAUAAACAUAAAAAAUGAUUCCAGACUCGAGGGGCUCAUCAAGAUGGCGGAUCUGACGGUUAAUCUUGCGGCCAUUUGUACUCCGGCGGAUUACAAUACUCGUCCUCUUGACACAAUCUAUAGCAAUUUCAUCGAUGCCCUACCAGUUGUGAAGUAUUGCUCAGAAAACAACAAACGCCUUAUCCACUUCUCUACUUGUGAAGUGUAUGGGAAAACGAUUGGAAGCUUCCUUCCUAAGGAUCACCCAUUGCGACAGGACCCUGCAUUCUAUGUUCUCAAAGAAGAUGAAUCACCCUGCAUUUUUGGCUCCAUUGAUAAGCAAAGGUGGUCCUAUGCAUGCGCAAAACAACUGAUCGAGAGGCUGAUUUAUGCUGAGGGUGCGGAAAAUGGUCUUGAGUUCACCAUUGUGAGACCUUACAACUGGAUUGGUCCAAGGAUGGAUUUUAUUCCUGGCAUUGAUGGUCCAAGUGAGGGUGUUCCACGAGUUCUGGCAUGCUUCAGUAAUAACCUCUUGCGUGGUGAACCACUCAAGCUUGUAGAUGGGGGACAGUCCCAGAGAACCUUUGUGUAUAUUAAAGAUGCAAUUGAAGCAGUUGUUUUGAUGAUUGAAAAUCCAGCUAGGGCCAAUGGACAUAUUUUCAAUGUUGGCAACCCUAAAAAUGAAGUUACAGUGAGGCAACUUGCAGAGAUGAUGACAGAGGUAUAUGCAAAGGUAAGUGGAGAACCCCCUCUGGAGAAAGAAACCAUUGAUGUAAGCUCUAAAGAGUUCUAUGGUGAAGGAUAUGAUGACAGUGACAAGCGAAUCCCAGACAUGACUAUAAUCAACAGACAACUUGGUUGGAACCCCAAGACAUCACUGUGGGACUUGAUGGAAUCAACUCUUACCUAUCAGCACAGGACAUAUGCUGAGGCUAUCAAGCAGGCCACCUCAAAAGCAGUUGCAUCCAGCUAAAUAUGUCAAUUUCAUCCAGAAGAACACUCCAGGUGGUGCUACUAUGGAGGUUUAAUUCUUUUGAAGGCAAAUGUAACAAAUAAUUUAACUAGUUGGUAUAUAGUAUGAAUUUUUUUUUUUCCUGGACAUAGGGAGUCAAGUAGCCCAGGAAGCUCUGUAAUUCUUUUCCUUAGAUCUUUAAAUUGGAAGACCUUUGUAAUUCUUUUCGGUACAUCUUUAAAUUGGAAGACCUUAGUAGUUGAUAAACCCUAAUUGCUGUAAUUCUGCUAGAGGGCAACCAUGAUUUCUAUUGUUUUAUCAGGCUAUGUUUUUUGUGUUUCUCUGAAUGGAGAUGUGCUGUAAGUUUGUUC